CGUUGUCUUUUUCCGGUCUACCUAACAUGGCUAACUAGCUCAAGUAGCACUGGUAGCAACUUGGAAAAGACAUCAAGCUUUGUAAAUUUCGGCAGUAUUAUCGUAUCCGACUACUGUUCUGUGUUCCAUCGGGGUGUUUAUUGGACUGUCCGGGCUUUGUACAACAAGAAAGGGGAUUUGGGAGGGUAACACUUUGACUCUGCUUCCUCCCCCUGCCGUGAAGCCACUUCUUGCGCACGUGUUGGGAGACGGCCCAUCUCGAGUCCCCUGGAGACUUCUGGUUUGCCCAGCCAAGAUGUCCUCCAUAUUGCCGUUUACUCCACCGGUGGUGAAGAGGCUUUUGGGCUGGAAGAAGUCGACCAACGGACCAGGUGGAGCCGGCGGGGGGGAACAGAACGGCCAGGAGGAGAAGUGGUGCGAGAAGGCCGUGAAGAGCUUAGUGAAGAAGCUGAAGAAGACGGGGCAGCUCGAUGAGCUAGAGAAAGCCAUCACCACACAGAACUGUAACACCAAGUGUGUCACCAUCCCCAGCAACUGCUCAGAAAUAUGGGGUCUGAGUACACCAAACACUAUUGAACAGUGGGAUUCAUCAGGCCUUUACAGCUAUUCGGACCAAACUAGAUCCCUUGACGGCCGCAUGCAGGUCUCCCACAGGAAGGGGCUCCCCCAUGUUAUCUACUGCCGUUUGUGGCGGUGGCCGGAUCUUCACAGCCACCAUGAACUUCGUGCUAUCGAGGCCUGCGAGUUUGCCUUUCACCUCAAGAAGGAUGAGGUCUGCAUCAACCCCUACCAUUAUCAAAGGGUGGAGACCCCAGUUCUGCCUCCAGUGCUUGUGCCAAGACACUCAGAAAUUCUAACAGAGCUGCCACCUCUGGAUGACUACACUCAUUCCAUACCUGAGAACACAAACUUUCCUGCAGGAAUCGAUCCUCCGAAUAACUACAUACCAGAAACUCCUCCACCAGGCUACAUCAGUGAGGAUGGGGAGGCCAGCGAUCAACAGAUGAAUCAAAGCAUGGAUACAGGUUCUCCAGCAGAGCUGUCUCCCAGCACUCUCUCACCUGUCAAUCACAGCAUGGACCUGCAACCCGUCACUUACUCAGAACCAGCCUUUUGGUGCUCGAUAGCUUACUACGAGCUCAACCAACGCGUAGGGGAGACGUUCCACGCCUCGCAGCCUUCUUUGACGGUUGACGGAUUCACAGACCCAUCGAACUCUGAGCGAUUCUGCUUGGGCCUGCUUUCUAAUGUUAACAGGAAUGCCACUGUGGAGAUGACUCGAAGGCAUAUAGGAAGGGGAGUUAGACUGUACUACAUAGGUGGGGAAGUGUUUGCCGAGUGUCUGAGUGAUAGCGCCAUCUUUGUCCAGAGUCCAAACUGCAAUCAACGGUAUGGAUGGCAUCCAGCAACAGUGUGUAAAAUUCCACCAGGCUGUAAUUUAAAAAUCUUCAACAAUCAAGAGUUUGCAGCAUUGCUGGCUCAGUCUGUCAACCAGGGCUUUGAGGCUGUGUACCAACUCACUAGGAUGUGCACUAUACGCAUGAGCUUUGUCAAGGGCUGGGGAGCAGAGUACAGGAGGCAAACUGUCACAAGCACUCCAUGCUGGAUCGAGUUGCAUUUAAACGGUCCUCUACAGUGGCUAGACAAGGUUCUGACUCAGAUGGGUUCCCCGUCUGCACGCUGUUCCAGUAUGUCCUAAACAACAAAGGAACCCCACCUUCCCAAAAAAAAAAAAAAAAGUCCAAUAUGGAGUCCUAUCUUGGAAAACCCAGCAGAAUGAUUUUUCUGUUUAUAUAUAUGUCAUAGUAUUUGUGACUCUGUUCCAUAUACCUCUAAACGUAUAUAAAUAUAUACACACACUCACGCGCGCACAGGCUCACCCUCACACAGAAUUUUCAGUCGACAAUUUGGCACUUUGUUAGUCAUCUUUGUCAUGCACCUUGUUAAAUUCCCCCGCAUCCGCAUUUAUUAAUAUUACACCAUAGUGUGAUACAAAUGAAAUGAAAAAUACCAAAAAAUAUCAGAAUAUUUCUGAAGUGUUGUGGAACGGAUUUUUUAUUUUUUUUCCCUCCAGCACACACCCCGACUUGUUCUGAGCAAUUAACGUUUUUUGUUUCUCUAAGAAACAUGGCUCGUAAGGAUUUGUGUCAGUUAGCUUGGUGGGACAACAAAAAAAAAAGUGGCAAUUGUGGAAUUGAACUUUUAUAAAAAUUUGAUUAAAUCCACCUCACUGUUUGCUAGGCUUGACCCUGUUUGUGUCGUUAUAAGACAUGCUACUUAACUGACAAAUAGGAUUGUUGGUUUAAAAAAAUGUAAAAAAAAAAAAAAAUCUCCCAAAACUCUAAACAAACUGAAAAGUCAGUAUGUUUGUUAAUUUUUUUUGUCAUUAUAUGGCAGUAUUUGUAUCCAUGAUGAAGUCGAUCUGCAGCCCGGUUUACAAACUGGGCUUGCAAGGGGCACUGGGCAGGAACCAGAGAGUAUCAGCUUUUUUUUUUUUUUUUUUUUUUUUUUGCUUUAUGACACAACACUGGGAGGCCUUGUACUCUCCUUGGGGGGAGGCAUUGACAUGUCUCCCCAGGAUUCACAGACGGUAUCCAUCAUUGGUUUUUAGCCUAUGUCCCAGUUGUUUUGCUACUUUUUUUGUAUUCCCAUGUAUUUUUAUAUAUAUAUAUAUAUACAGUAAAACUCGGAUAUAUCGGAAAUUCGCUCACAACGGACAGAUAAAAAAAGAACCAAUUUUUCUGUAAUGCAUUUCCAAUAAAAAUUCAUUGCAUAUAUCGGAUUUUUUAUAACGGAUUUCGCCUAUUUCGGACAAAAUCUCCAGUCCCGUUCCAAUGCAUUUUCAUUAAAUUUCCCUCGCAUAUAUCGGAUGGACGCAUCGUGACGCUCCGAUUCGCCGAAUCGUGACAGACGGCUAUACGACGUCAUUUGCAGCGUUGCCUGCGCGUCCAGGUACAUUGGAAACAUAGUCAAGGAAGUGCCUUUUUAUAACGCAUAAAAUCCGAUUUACGCAUAUACCGGAUAUAAAUCCGAUAUAUGCGUAAAACGGACAUUUUCCAGUAUACGCAUAUAACGGAUUUCGCUUAUAUCGGACAAAACCAGUGGGAACAAUUGAAUCCGAUAUAUCCGAGGUUUACUGUAUAUUUAUAAAUAUACGUCAAACAUUUCUGUCAUUCGCAUUUUCUAUUAAAGUAAUAUUUUUAAUAACACAGCUGUUUCAAAACUGACCCGUAUAGGCUUUUGGAUCAUUCCUUCAUUUAUUUAGCCCCCACAGUUCAGCUGAAAAAAAAAAGUUCCAUAAGUUCUAUACCCUCUUUUAAAAUUGCCUUUUUUAAUUCUAUAAACGACAAAAAAAGUCAAAAUACCAUUUUCUGCAAUGGAAUUAUUUGGUUCCAGAAACAUGGCCGCUCCUUUCAUUGCAUAACGUAAUUUUUGAAAAAAAAAAAACAAAACAAAACAUCAUGACAGCAGUGUUUUUGUGCUUUGUCCAGAGAUUUAAUAUCAGCUUGCUGUCACUGGCUUUUAAAAAAACUCAUCAAAUGUGAUCACUUUCCUAAAAACAAGCGCUAAUGUGCCCCCCCCCCCCCCCCCCCCCCAAUCCCUGGGACAUUUGGUGUUCAAGUGUAUUGUAUUUGUUCUGUCUAUGAAAUAUAGAAAUACAACAAUUAUUUGCUCUUCCCUUAUUGUCAGUAUGUGGCUGGUGCAAAAGUUUAACCCCCCCCCCCCCAUUACCCCCACCCUCACCCUCACCUUCACCCCACUCCUUGAUGUACAUGCAUUCAUGUCAUGGCACUAGAGAUUGUACUUGAAAUGCACCUAGUGACUUGAAUACACGGAAAUGAUCCAUGUUUCAUAAUUGUAUCCUUGGCCUACAACAUAUGAAUGUGAUUUUAAAAAAAAUAAUAACUUACAAAAACCAAUGUGGACCAUACGUACAUAUACAUAAUAAUAGUACAGUAUGUGUGUAUUUAACAGUUAUUUUUUUUUGCAAAGCAGUCAGUAUAGUAGAUGUUGCAAUUUUACCAAUAGAGGGCGGUAUUCUUAGAGCAGUUUUUUUCUGAACAUGAGCUUCUCAGGCAGGGCAUAUUAUGCAGAAUUAAUAAAACACUAAUAAAGAUUUCUAUUCUCCUGA